GUCUGUCAUUUCUUCACUUCGUUUCUCUCCCAGUUGCCCAGUGGGACAGUUGGGUCUCAGCGCCUCCAGCAACUCCAUCAAAACCACAAGACAACCAAACAGUCAACCAGCCAUGAGCAAGUCCUACUCCUCCUCGGCCCAGUCGGCCUCUUCAUACCGUCGCACCUUCGGAUCUGGUGUUGGCUCAACCCCACUGUCCUCCCUCUACGCCUCUGGUGGAGGUGGACGCAGCUCUGCAAGCCACAUGUCUUCCCGAGUCUACGAGGUCAAGAGCACCAGUGUUCCCUCCUUUUCCAGCUACCGGGUGUCCUCUGGUGCUGGGGGAGCAGGGUUUGGCGCCUCUUCAGCCAUGCGUACCUACUCUGGGGAGAAACUCGACUUCAACCUGGCCGAUGCCAUGAACCAGGACUUCCUCAACACAAGGACCAAUGAGAAGGCCGAGCUGCAGCACCUCAACGACCGCUUCGCCAGCUACAUCGAGAAGGUGCGCUUCCUGGAGCAGCAGAAUGCGGCGCUGACGGUGGAAAUUGAGAAGCUGAGGGGUCGUGAGGGGCCAGGGCGCGUGGCUGAGAUGUAUGAGGAUGAAAUGAGGGAGCUGAGGAGGCAAAUAGAGGCCCUGUCCAACCAGCGCGCCCGCGUGGAGGUGGAGAGAGACAACCUGGCUGAUGACCUGCAGAAACUGAAGCUCAGACUGCAGGAGGAGAUCCACCAGAAGGAAGAGGCUGAGAACAACCUUUCUGCCUUCAGAGCUGAUGUUGACAAUGCCACUCUGGCCAGGCUGGACCUGGAGAGACGCAUUGAGAGCCUGCAGGAGGAGAUCGCCUUCCUCAAGAAGAUCCAUGAAGAGGAGAUCCGUGAGCUGCAGAGCCAGAUGCAGGACACUCAGAUCCAGGUCCAGAUGGACAUGUCUAAGCCUGACCUGACGGCCGCUCUGAGAGACAUCCGCAUUCAGUACGAGGGCAUUGCUGCCAAGAACAUCGCAGAGGCCGAAGACUGGUACAAGUCUAAGGUGUCUGAUCUGAACCAGGCUGUGAAUAAGAACAAUGAUGCACUGCGUCAGGCCAAGCAGGAGACCAUGGAGUACAGGCACCAGAUCCAGUCCUACACCUGUGAGAUCGACUCACUCAAGGGCACCAAUGAGUCUCUGCUGCGCCAGAUGAGAGACAUGGAGGACCGCAUGGGCCGUGAGGCUUCUAGUUACCAGGAUACUAUUUCACGGCUGGAGGAAGACAUUGCUAAGAUGAAGGAUGAUAUGGCUCGUCACCUGAGGGAAUACCAGGACCUGCUCAAUGUGAAGAUGGCCCUUGAUAUUGAAAUUGCCACCUACCGCAAGCUGCUGGAGGGAGAGGAGAGCAGGAUCACUACCACUGGGCCUGUCCAGACUGCUUAUUCCUCCAUUGGAUUCAGAGAGACCAGUCCUGAGUCGCAGCAUCAGCGCUCCUCAGAGGUUCACUCCAAGAAGACUGUUCUCAUCAAGACCAUCGAGACCCGCGAUGGAGAGGUUGUCAGCGAGUCCACACAGCACCAGCAGGACAUCAUGUAAACCAGAGGAGGCAACGUUAGAAACACUAUAUGUAAUAAAUUAAUAAAAACGUAGCAAAAAUAUGGACAUUUUCCUACUACGAUUUAUAAGCUGUGCCUAUUUUUAGUGACAGACUGCUGAUCUUUUCAGCUGAUUUAAAAUGAAACACAAAACCAUGAGUGAAUGCAACCAGUACACAGCCAGUAUCCAUCUUUAGACUGUACAUCAUAAACAGGAUGCAUUAUGGAGGCAUAAUGUGCUGCCUUUAUUUAGCCUGGUUUUAAAUAAAGGUCAUUCCAGGAAUAAUGUUUUACUCGAAUUACUUUCCUUCUCUGAAAAACACAUGAAUUGAUCAUAUCUUGUCUGCAAAACUAAUUCACUGGCAAGAGUUUAAAAUUAUCAGUGAGGCUAUGUGUAGCUGUAUUGGCCCAGAAUCCACAGGGAAGUUUGCAAGGUGUAAGACUGAUCAAUGGGCCUGAAACACCACGGUCAAUAUUGUAACGGUACAUUUCACUGCACAUAUUCCGAGUCUCUGUGCGAAUGUACGAAUAUAUGACUUGAUUACGAAGGGAUUUUAUUUGUGUAACUGAUUAAGGAGAUGUAAGAAAGUGAGGUGUUGUGUCAGAACAGACAUCUAAUGAAAAAGGGAACUCAGUCAUGUUUGAAGUUUGAGCUCAACAGCAUGUGCUGGGUGUUUGAUUGUAUGGGUGACCAUGUAACGCUGCUUCACUGUGGCCAGAAAUUCAAAUAAAGACAUUGGUUAUCUCUG